AUGGAGGCUCACAUCCCUGGCAUUGGGACAUAUGAGUCGCGUGCUCUCUCGCAGCAUGUGCCAGCUCCCCGCAGCAAACCCCGGUCUAGGAAUGGAUGCUGGACCUGCCGUGGCAAGGCGGCAAAGAAGCGAUGCGACGAGACACGCCCCAUUUGCGGCAGAUGCUCCCGGCUUGGCCUUUUCUGCGAUUAUCGCCCAAGACCACGGAAGUCAAAGGCAUCAAGAUCGUCACCAAGCCCGUCUUUGACACCGAGGCGGCCGAACCCUAUUUCCCCUGCCGCCAGUUUGACCCCUCCUACCGAAGCCUCCUGCUCACUCUCACUGGCCCACACCGACCAUGAAGCUAUUCGCUAUUUCCGGACGGCAUUCGCCAGCCUUCAUCACACCAAAAACCAGGAAUACUCAUGUAUCUCCAUCAUGUUUAACCUUGCCCAGGAGGACCCGAUGGUCAUGCACAUGGCUCUAGCGCUCAGCUUCGGGGACAUGGAUCUAAAACGUCCCAAUCCAUCCCCGAAUUGCACCCAGCGACCAACUUAUCAUUACUCCUCUGCCUUGCGUCUCUUAUCAGAUGCGGUUGGCCGCGAAGAGCCAUGCGAAGACUUCGAUUCCCUUCUCACGACUCUAUGGCUCAUGAUCCUAUAUGAACAACAGUUUGGGCACUCGCAGAGUCAGGGUUGCACCAAUCAUAUCAAGGGAGCAGCCUCUCUUCUUCAACAUCGUAUGAACAAGCUUCUCCGGUUCCCAACAUCCGACCACGACGUGGAUGCGCCAGCUUGUGCUCUGACACGAAGGUCGAGUUCAGAUACAAGGCCGAUGCUUUCGUUGUACUCAGCCCGUAUGCUGGUAUGGAUCUCUGGGUCGGACGCUGCCGCAGCUUCCACAGGGGCAGGUGGUCACUUCAACCGGACCUUGAUGUCUCUGCUAUCUGAAGCGCAACCCGAUGAUAGUGGCACCAAUCUGAAUGACCCUUUUGGACCUCCUCCACUGUCUCCUUUGCAAACCUACAUGCGCAUGCACCGCUACUCGAACCCAUUAUACCGUGUUGCCUGGGGCCACGCAUAUCCCCAAGCCGAACUUUUGGACGAUCUUCAGAAUCGAAACAUUUACAAUCUCUUGACUGUCUGUAACCUCCUGCGCUUCAUGGUGGCCGAACUGGCUACUGCCCCCGAUAUUUCAUCAGACGAGUUUCAACAGCGGGCAGCAAGCGUUGCUUCCGCUAUUAGGAACGCCAAUUAUACCUACGCAGAGCUGUUGGAAGUUUCUCGCGAAUUGUGUACCGAGACGGAUCAUAGCCAGAGACUCGUCGCCAAUAUCCGAUACAUCGUUCCCAUCUUCUACGCUAUCCAACUCGAAUUCCUCCGCAUCACACAACCAAACUCACCUCUCGGGCAAGGAAAAAGGCAGCGAUUCCUUCUUGCAGAAAUCAUAAGACUGGCAUUCCAAUUGCGUAGUCACUGGGGCGACGAUGGGUUGAGGAAGAUUGCGUGGCCACUCUUUUUGGCUGGACUGGAGACGGAUGACUUACUCCAUCGUGAGUGGAUACUUGAGAGGUUUCAAAAGAUGAGCGAGAUGGGGCAGCAUCUAAAGCGAGCGUUCAAUUUCCUCAAGGAUGCCUUAGCUAUUCAGCAGGGCAAUGGCCGGAGAGUUGACAUCAGAGAGAUGAUGAAGCAGUACCCCACGUUUGUGCUGGGCUAG